AUGAGAGAGAAGCUUGCGCUCAUCGCCGCCUUACAGGCCUUCUUGGCCUGCGCAGAUCCUGGAGUGGUUCUAUCGAGCGGCGUUUCACAAGAUCCCAUCGAUCUGUCCUUCCCUCUUGUGCAAGAAAAACUAAAUCACAGUGCAGUAUCAUAUGAAUAUGUGGGCGCUCCUAGCAUCAACGGAUCCCAGGGAUUUAGACUCAAGGUGAUGCAUGUCUUCAUUGCACUGACGGGCGUGAUGGCGCUGUUAUUCCUCGUCAUCCAUUGUUUUAGCAAGCUCAAGGGUGACGAAUUAACCGGCCGCAAGCUUGCAAUUGGGGGUUCUUGCGGGCCAGACGGAGAAGAAGAGAGUACAGCAGGCAGCGCAUCAGGCAAAAGGCCUAGAGGUGGAGAUGGAAAUACUGCUACCUCAGGACAAGGUCCACAUCCUCCUCUAAACAGUAGAGACGCCCCAAAUCCUUCCCCGCAGAGUGAUAGGGGCCAGCCCAGCAAGCCGACGUCACCAUCUGCGGCGGGUCCACAGCUUUCGUCUUCGAACUUUGGAAAUCCAUCAAAAAGACAGCGUCCAGGUUUUAUGCAAGGGCCUCUCCCCUGGACUGGGGGCCAAAAGACUCCUCGAAAAGUUCUCUUUCAAAUUCCAGAACCCACUGGACCCCCAGUUCCAAUGGAUGUCGACCAAGAACACGCCGACCCAGAAAAGGAAGAGAAGGGGGACACCGAGGUCCCAAUGGAAGUUGACGACCCGCGUUCGCAACUUCCACCAACCCCUUCUUCACCUUCUGCGCCACAGCCCCUGGGGAAAAUUCACCACAAUUACCCUCCCGUUGGCCGCCUGUAA